UGAGGACAAUGAUCGCGGAGUUUGCUCACUUUUACCUCUUUGGAUUAAUAUGUCUCACCUCAGGCUCCCGCCUUCGGCAAGAAGAUUUCCCGCCUCGCAUUGUCGAACACCCUUCUGAUUUAAUUGUUUCGAAAGGAGAGCCAGCGACUUUAAACUGUAAAGCUGAAGGAAGGCCGACCCCAACGAUUGAAUGGUACAAAGGGGGUGAAAGAGUAGAAACAGACAAAGAUGAUCCACGCUCCCACCGGAUGUUGCUGCCCAGCGGAUCUUUAUUUUUCUUACGCAUAGUGCAUGGGCGCAAGAGCAGGCCGGAUGAAGGAGUCUACGUCUGUGUGGCAAGGAAUUACCUUGGGGAAGCUGUAAGUCAUAAUGCAUCGCUGGAGGUUGCAAUUCUGAGGGAUGACUUCAGACAAAAUCCAUCAGAUGUGAUGGUAGCUGUGGGGGAGCCUGCCGUGAUGGAAUGUCAGCCCCCAAGAGGUCACCCAGAGCCCACGAUAUCGUGGAAGAAAGACGGGACCCCUCUAGAUGACAAAGAUGAGAGAAUUACAAUCAGAGGAGGAAAGCUUAUGAUCACAUAUACAAGAAAGAAUGAUGCUGGCAAGUAUGUUUGUGUUGGAACAAAUAUGGUUGGAGAGCGGGAGAGUGAAGUGGCAGAGCUCACUGUUUUAGAAAGACCAUCUUUUGUGAAGAGACCGAGUAAUUUGGCCGUAACUGUGGAUGACAGUGCUGAGUUUAAAUGUGAGGCAAGAGGAGACCCAGUCCCUACAGUAAGAUGGAGGAAAGAUGAUGGAGAAUUACCAAAAACAAGAUACGAAAUCCGCGAUGAUCAUACCUUGAAAAUCCGUAAAGUCGUGGCAGGAGACAUGGGCUCAUAUACUUGUGUUGCAGAGAAUAUGGUUGGAAAAGCUGAAGCAUCAGCAACUCUAACGGUUCAAGAGCCUCCACAGUUUGUUGUAAAGCCUCGCGAUCAGGUAGCUGCACUGGGAAGAACAGUGACUUUCCAGUGUGAAGCAACUGGAAACCCUCAGCCAGCCAUCUUUUGGCGGAGAGAGGGAAGUCAGAAUCUGCUUUUCUCAUACCAGCCCCCUCAGUCAUCCAGUCGUUUUUCAGUUUCCCAGACAGGGGACCUCACUAUCACCAAUGUCCAGAGAUCUGAUGUUGGGUACUAUAUCUGCCAGACUUUAAAUGUGGCAGGAAGUAUCAUAACAAAAGCCUACUUGGAAGUUACUGAUGUGAUUGCAGACCGGCCUCCCCCUGUCAUUCGACAGGGUCCUGUGAAUCAGACUGUAGCUGUGGAUGGUACUUUGGUACUGAACUGCGUGGCCACAGGCACUUUAAUGCCCACUAUCCUCUGGAAAAAGGAUGGAGCCCUGAUGUCGACUCAGGACUCGCGCAUCAAGCAGUUAGAGACAGGAGCGUUACAGAUCCGAUAUGCCAAGCUGGGCGACACUGGUCGGUACACCUGCAUUGCUUCAACCCCAAGUGGCGAAGCUACAUGGAGUGCUUACAUAGAGGUCCAAGAAUUUGGAGUCCCAGUGCAACCACCGAGACCCACUGACCCAAACUUGAUUCCUAGUGCUCCAUCAAAACCUGAGGUUACAGAUGUCAGCAGAAAUACUGUAACAUUGUCAUGGCAACCUAAUUUGAAUUCAGGUGCAACUCCGACCUCUUAUAUAAUUGAGGCCUUCAGCCAUGCAUCUGGUAGCAGCUGGCAAACUGUAGCGGAAAAUGUGAAAACGGAGAGUUUUGCAGUUAAAGGUCUAAAACCUAAUGCAAUUUAUCUAUUCCUUGUGAGGGCAGCUAAUGCAUAUGGACUUAGUGACCCUAGCCAAAUAUCUGAUCCAGUGAAAACUCAAGAUAUUCCACCAACAAGUCAAGGUGUGGAUCACAAGCAGGUCCAGAGAGAACUAGGGGAUGUGGUACUACAUUUACACAACCCUACUAUCCUUUCUUCCUCCUCAAUUGAAGUUCAUUGGACCGUGGACCAGCAAUCCCAGUAUAUUCAAGGAUAUAAAAUUCUGUACCGGCCUAUGCCAGCAUCCUACGGAGAGUCGGAAUGGCUAAUUUUUGAAGUGAGGACUCCAACCAAAAACAGUGUUGUCAUUCCAGAGCUGAAGAAGGGUGUAAGCUAUGAAAUCAAGGCCCGCCCUUUCUUCAAUGAGUUUCAAGGAGCAGACAGUGAAGUGAAAUUUGCCAAAACCCUCGAAGAAGCUCCUAGUGCUCCACCGCAAAGUGUCUCAGUAACUAAAAAUGACGGGAAUGGGACUGCGAUUGUGGUCACCUGGCAGCCGCCCCCCGAGGAUAACCAGAAUGGAAUGGUGCAAGAGUAUAAGGUUUGGUGCCUUGGCAACGAAAGUCGAUACCAUAUAAACAAGACAGUGGAUGGGUCCACCUUUUCUGUAGUCAUCCCCUCCCUAGUUCCUGGUAUUCGAUACAGUGUGGAAGUGGCUGCAAGUACUGGAGCAGGACCAGGAGUGAAAAGUGAUCCACAGUUUAUUCAAUUAGAUUCUCAUGGAAACCCUGUGUCUUCAGAAGAUCAAGUCAGUUUAGCCCAGCAGAUCUCUGAUGUAGUAAAGCAGCCUGCCUUUAUUGCGGGAAUUGGUGCAGCCUGUUGGAUUAUCCUUAUGGUCUUCAGCAUCUGGCUAUAUCGCCACAGGAAGAAGCGAAAUGGACUCACUAGUACUUAUGCUGUAACCUAUCAGAGAGGAGGAGAUGCCGUAAGCAGUGGAGGCAGGCCAGGGCUCCUAAACAUCAGUGAACCAGCCACUCAGCCAUGGCUAGCAGAUACUUGGCCGAACACGGGGAACAAUCACAACGACUGCUCCAUCAACUGCUGCACCUCGGGAAACGGGAACAGCGAUAGCAACCUCACAACGUACAGUCGACCAGCCGAUUGUAUAGCAAAUUACAACAAUCAGCUGGACAACAAGCAAACAAACCUGAUGUUGCCUGAGUCAACUGUGUACGGUGACGUGGACCUAAGCAACAAAAUCAAUGAGAUGAAAACCUUCAAUAGUCCAAAUCUAAAGGAUGGAAGAUUUGUCAGCCAACCUGGCCAGCCCACUCCUUAUGCCACCACUCAACUCAUCCAGUCAAAUAUCAGCAAUAAUGUUAACAGUGGCAGCGGGGAAACGAAUGAGAAACACUGGAAACCCUCUGUUCAGCAAAAGCAAGAGGUUACACCUAUACAGUACAACAUUAUGGAGCAAAACAAAUUAAACAAAGAUUACCGGGUAAAUGACAACAUUGCUCCAACUAUUCCAUACAACCAGUCAUAUGACCAAAAUACAGGUGGAUCCUACAACAGCUCAGAUCGAGGCAGUAGUACAUCUGGGAGUCAAGGGCACAAGAAGGGUGCUCGUACUCCAAAGGCACCCAAGCAAGCUGGCAUGAACUGGGCAGAUCUUCUUCCACCCCCUCCAGCACAUCCCCCUCCCCAUAGCAAUAGUGAAGAUUACAGUCUUUCAGUGGAUGAAAGCUAUGACCAAGAAAUUCCUUGUCCAGUCCCACCUGCAAGGAUGUAUCUGCAGCAGGAUGAGCUAGAGGAAGAGGAAGAAGAUGAGCGAGGUCCUACUCCACCUGUUCGAGGAGCAGCUUCCUCUCCAGCCGCUGUCUCCUAUAGCCACCAGUCAACUGCCACCCUCACCCCCUCUCCCCAGGAAGAACUCCAGCCCAUGUUACAGGACUGUCAGGAGGAUCUGGGACACAUACAACACCAACCUGACCGGAGACGUCAACCUGUGAGUCCUCCGCCCCCUCCAAGGCCUAUUUCUCCACCACAUACCUAUGGAUAUAUCUCAGGCCCCUUGGUCUCUGAUAUGGAUACUGAUGCACCAGAGGAGGAAGAAGAUGAAGCAGAUAUAGAGGUUGCCAAGAUGCAGAACAGAAGACUCCUUUUGCGUGGCCUUGAGCAGACACCUGCCUCAAGUGUUGGGGAUUUGGAGAGCUCUGUAACAGGGUCCAUGAUCAAUGGCUGGGGUUCAGCCUCUGAAGAAGACAACAUCUCAAGUGGACGGUCCAGUGUUAGUUCUUCAGAUGGAUCAUUUUUUACUGAUGCAGAUUUUGCACAGGCUGUUGCAGCAGCCGCAGAAUACGCUGGCCUUAAAGUAGCCAGACGUCAAAUGCAGGAUGCUGCAGGAGGCCGAAGGCAUUUUCAUGCAUCACACUGUCCUAGACCCACCAGCCCUGUGUCUACUGACAGCAACAUGAGUGCUGUUGUAAUACAGAAGGUCCGACCUGCCAAAAAGCAAAAACACCAGCCAGGACAUCUGCGCAGAGAAGUCUACACAGAUGACUUGCCACCCCCUCCCGUGCCACCUCCAGCUAUAAAAUCACCAACCGCCCAGUCCAAAUCGCAGCUGGAGGUGCGGCCCGUCAUGUUGCCAAAACUUGCUUCUAUAGAACCGAGGACAGACAGAUCGGCAGAGAGAAAAGGCGCGAGCUACAAGGGGAGGGAAGGGGUGGACGGGAGACAGCAUUCGGAUGUGCGGACAAGUUCAGGAGAGCGGAGAGAAUCACAGGAACAGCAAAAUGACGGGAAGCUGCGAGGAAAUAAAGCACCAAAACGGGAUGGCACACCAGCAAAAACUCAUCUUCUUCAAGAGGACAUCCUGCCAUAUUCUAGACCAACAUUUCCAACAUCAAAUAAUCCCAGAGAUCCCAGCUCUUCCAGCUCUAUGUCAUCAAGAGGAUCAGGAGGUAGACAGAGAGCAGAUCAAGCAAACAUAGCCCGGAGGAAUGUUGCAGAAAUGCAAGUACUGGGAGCGUAUGAACAAGGAGAAGAAGAAGAAGAAGAGCUGGAGGAAACAGAAAGCUGAAGACAACAUGAGAAGUACUGUAACAGGCUUUUAAAAUCUAAUCAGAAAAAAAAAUCACUUAAGAUGCCUCAAGUCUGAUGAUAUUUGACGCCAGAAAUAAUCUUCAGUGCAAUCAGAGUGUACAAUUUUUCCUUUUUUCUUUCUGCCAUCAGAAUGCUAGUUUUUAUUUUUACUAUUUCUUUGUAAACCCUCCUUAUUAGGAAUGGCCCUUGCCUCUUCCAUAACGUUAAGUGCGUCACCUUCACUGCCCAAGAAGGCAGGUAAGCUGCUCUUCAUGGUGCUUAAACCAGCUGCUGCUUCAGGAUUAGAAGAGGAGGGGAUUGCAAAAGCUGGAAUCCCUACAUUUCACCCCAAAAAAGCAGUGCACAGUACACCGCUCGUACACUAAUGAACCAAUCUAUAAUGUUACAUACAGCAUUGGGUAAAAAGUUGCAUAAAGUGAACAUCACGCAGAGUACUCUUAUUAUAGCAAUUUUCCUGUAGUCUGCAGUUAGUGCAAAUGGUAUCUUGCAGUUUCAAUACAGACUGUAUUUUGUUUUGUGCCAGUCUCUUGUUAACCUUUUGCAGAAGCAACAGUUUUACAGAUGCAGCUAGAAUCAAUUUGGGGUGAGGUGGCUUUUAUUGUAAAUAUGUACUCAUUUUAAAUCCCUUGUGGAACUUUAAUUUGUCUUUCCAUUUUUGUCAUUACGUACAUUCUUAUUAAAAAUGUCCUUUGGGAUAGGCAGGUAGCAAGCCGAUAUAAACGCUAUUUGUCUAAUCAGGGUGUGAAGAAGUCUAUCUGAAACUUGUUCUAAUUUUCAGCCUCAGUAAUGCUUAUAAAAAUAAGCAAGGAAAUCAAUGGACAUUUUUAAUAACUAUUGGAUAAUAUCAUUAACUGUUACUGGCCCAAAUCUCAGACCUCUACUUGUCUCAAUUCACCUUAAAGAAGAAGUGCCACUUAAAGAAGUUUUGUUUGAUCUUGGGGGUUAUUUUUUUUGUAAUGCACUGCUUAUCUUUUUUUUUUUUUUUUUUUUUUUUUUGGUUUUAAAAGCACAAUCACUAAACUUUGUUUGUAAACCAUUGUAACUAUUAACCUUUUUUGUCUUAUUGAAAAUGUUAAGCAUUUGUUUGGGGUAUUUUUCAUCUUUUUGUUAAUGCUCUAUGUUUGUAUUUGGAGUAUUUGAAUGAUGACAGAUGGUAAAGUAACAAACCUAAAUGUGGGCCAUAAUCAGAACACUUCUCACUUUUCCUGGACUUACAGAAAAUUCUCAAUUUUGCUGUGGCCUCUCUCAACAUUGGAUUUUCCUUAAAGCUGAAAUAGAGGCAUUAGUUGCAUUGAAUUUGCCAAAUUAUGUCCUCUGUCUGUAGAUUUUAUGAUCUUUUUUGUAAUUAUAAAAUUUCUUUGUCAUUGGUGCUAAUGGAAAAUUGUGUGUUUGUUUAUGGACAGCUAUCAGGACUAGCCCCAAUGGAGAAAAAAAAGAAGAAAAAAAAAGUGUUUUGGUGUUUUCCGAAGACUGAAAUUUUUCAUUUAGCUAAUUUUUAAAGAACGGUUACAUAGAAAGGGUGUGCAGUACUAAAGGAACAAUCCAUGUGAUUAAUGUUUUCAUUAUGUUCAUGUAAGAAACCUCAUAUUUUAGCCAUAAUUUUGCAUACUGAAGAUCCAAUAACCAGAAAAGUAAUUU